AAGUAAACUCUUAGCACUUUGUUUUUAUACCUAAUAAAAAAAACAAAAAAAUUUAAAGGUAAUAUGCACCAGAAUAAGCAUUAACAUUAAACCUUGGUCAUAUGCACCAGAAGGAACAUUUAAACCUUGGUCAUGCCAAAACUCUUUAGUCUCUAAUUGAUUUCAAAACUAAAUCAUGUAUCUCGGCUUCCUUGGUUACCUUAGUUUCUAUCCCAAUGUGUCAAGGUGAGUUUCCACCUUAACACAUUCGGAUAGAAACCUAAAAGUCAGUCAAUUUAUUCAAAUUCAAAUAUGCCAAUUUUAUUGGUCAAUCAAUGUAUGCACAUUAGGGUGGAUCAUUUUGUAGCAAAAGUCAAAAUCCAGGAUAACUAUGCUUUGCAAUUUUUGUCAUUUAUAUUUUUAUUAAGUUGAUUUAGGUGCCCCAAGAAGUCCUGAUGGUCUUAUCACUGAGCACCGUGGAAGAGCAUUUAAUAGGAAGUUCAUGCCUCCUUCCCAACCGAUGUCGCAAAACUUGCCCAGAGGUGGGGUUUGAACUACGUUACGAUCGUUACGAGAUGAAAUCUACAAGUUGAAGUUACAUUAUAUUAUGACCUAUGGUAAUUUUUAUGCACAAAGCGAUAUAAACUCAUUUAAAAAAAACACUGUUAACCUUUCCACAGACCAUUUUGAUCUGGUCAAAGUAGAAACUACGUAUCUUCAAAACGUUAAAGACGAUUUUAAUGAGUGGACAGAUCAUAUUGAAAAACAAAACAUUUAUAAAAAAAUAGCUUUUGAGGAAGUGUUUUCACAAGAUUUGCCAUUUCUUUUGAUUUCUGGUAUAGCUGGGAUUGGGAAGACAUACUUUCUUAAGAAGUGCCUUUUGCUUUGGGCCCAUGGGCUACUUUGGAAAAACGUUGACUUUGUUUUUUAUUUUGAUUUAAAAAAACUUAAUAAUUUAAAUGCUAUUUCAAGUUUAAAUGAACUAAUUAGAAAAUUUUACGGAAAUAUAUUGAAAGGAUUUGAAAUUUCAUCUCAACGGUCAAUUACGCUGGUAAUUGAUGGGUUAGAUAACUUUACACAACUUGAUAACUUAAUUUAUCAAAAGUUAGAUGAUAUACCUUUAAUAAAUACAUUGAAUCAUGCUUUUAAUUCUAAAGAGAUUAAGUGCGUUCUUGCAGGAAGAGUUCGAACCGCUAUUGCAUAUUGGAGUGCAUGUAAAGGAAACGACGCCAUUACAAAUAUUCAAAUUAUGGGUUUGAAUAAUCAAGGAAUAACGUUUUAUUUUGAAGAUAUUUUAUUAAGCUCUACUCUUAAAAAUCAAUUGAAUAAUAUUUCAUCAUUAUCAAUUGAAGGAAAAUUAAUACUUUCUGUUCCUCUAUAUCUAAAAGCAAUAUGCAAAACAGUUUUAAACAUGGGUAUUUUUUCUGUAAAUACAAUUACGGAGUUACUUGGAUUAGUCUUCUAUUACUUUAUACAAAAAAAAUACAAAAACAAAACCAGUUCAUUGCAUGAACUUAUGCAUAUUGAAGCACCAUUUAUAUGUGCCAUAUGCAACGUUGCUUUUAAUUUAUUAGAAAACGGAAACUCUUUUGUUUGGCAAUUUACUGCUAACGACAGUUUGAAAGAGGAUUUUUAUUUUAUUAAAAAAUGUAACAUCAAUCAACAAUAUGAAUUCCAUCAUUACAUGAUGCUAAAAUUUUGUGCUUCUGUACAUUUGUAUAUGUUUGAAAGUCUUCAAAAAGCUCAUUCCAACAAAAGAUUGCAUGCGUGUUUACCGAUUAUUACAGGACUAACUUAUGGUAGAGAAAGAAAUAUGUUAAGUUUAAUCAGUAGCAUAAAGAAGACAAGAAAAAACGACGACAGCCUUUUACUUACACAAAUAUUAGAACUUCAACAUAGAAAAUUAUUUGUCGAAUGUUUUUAUGAAUCUCAAGUACUGUUAAACGACAUUUCAAAAUUACCAUUGGAUGUGAUAAACAAAUGGUUCCAACAGGGUGAAGUUAAUAGCAAAGAAAUUAUAGCAGAAAAUUACUUUUCAAAAAAUUAUACAAACUUAAUUGAGCAAAUAAAAAGUAACAAAGUGAAAAUUCGGAUUGAGAAAAUUAAAGAAAAAGUUCAAAAAACCAUGAAUGAUGCGAUAAGUUUGUAUGAGAAAACGCACUUAGAUAAAGCAGUGGAGUUAUUUAGAGAAGCGGAACAAAUAUAUAAAAUAUUUUUCGGUAAAAAACAUCAUGAAACAAUUUGUGCUACAUACUGGAUUGCGGUAUGCUUACAUGGUAAAAAUCAAUUUGAUAAGGCUGAACAAAUAUUUAAAAAUGUUGAAAUUAUCCGAACAAGCGUUUUAGGAGAAAAACACGAAAGUACACUAAAUACUAAAUUCUGGAUUGCCAGAUGCUUAUAUAGUAAAAAGCAAUAUGAUGAAGCAAAAAAGUUAUUUAUGGAGGUAGAAAAUGUGCAACAAGCAGUUUUAGGAAAUAGGAGUAAAGACACACUAAAAUCUAAAUAUUGGAUUGCCAUUUGCUCUUUUCAAAAAAAAAAAUUUGAAGAUGCAAUCAAACUAUUUUCAAAUCUUGAAGCUUUUCAAAAAGAAAUUUUAGGCGAGAAACAUCUGGAUACGAUAAAUACUAAAUAUUGGAUUGCUAGUUGCCUAUAUAGUAUAAAAAAAUUCAAAGACGCAUACACAUUAUUUACAGAAGUAGAAAAAGUACAAUCUGAAGUUUUAGGUAAAAUGCACCCGGAUACUGUAAACACGAUAUAUUGGAUAACAUCUUGUCAGCACUAUGUAAAAAAAAGAUGAAUUUUCUAUUAAAUUAAUACUUUAUUUUUUCUUUGAUACUAAUAAACAAUUUUAUUUAUUUGAUAAAAGUUUUUAAAUAAAUAUGUUUUUAUUUUUUAUAACAAAA